AUGGCUUCACAAGAUGUCACCCUUCCGGCGACGCGACCGAAAUCGAGAAAGUCCUUAGCCCACGUCCCGUCGGCGCAAAGUAUGGACCAGGAAAACAUGACGGCGGAUCUUGGAGCUCUCGCAGGAGGAAAGAGAGCAGUGCCGAUUGAAAAGCCGUCGAAGAAAUCGCGCAGCAAAAGUAUUGGGCCGGGUGGGCUGGAUGCUCUGAAGGAUAGCAGUGGAAACAGGCGCAAGUCUCUCGCAACUAUUUCGCAUCCUCCCCCGAGAUCAAUCCUGAAACCUACAAUGCCGCCGCUCAGGGAAAUCCCGGCGCACAUCUCGACGCGUAAAGGAAGUCCGAAGAAAGCAACCCCGCCAUCUCUGCAGAAGACUGAGAACCUGAUCGACUUUGAUCUUGCUACCCCCGGCCCGACUAUAUCAGGCACCGAGAAGCUUUCAAACCCUUUUGAAGUCGCUGGUAGUCCUGCUGUCAACGAGACCAGAGUCACAUUGCGGACCGAGGAAGAACAACAAGCUGCGGCACGGGAGCGCGAGGAAAUCGAGAGGAAAGAGCUCGAGAAGGAAAUUAUAUCCCGCAGAGAUGCUCGACGUAAGUCGCUUGCCAAUCGCAGAGUGUCGUUUGCGCCAGAAGCCACGCUUCAUACCUGGGAUGUUGUCGUCGAGUACCAGGAUUCUACCACAUCUUCCAAUGCGACCAAUUCCACUCGGCGCGCAUCAUCUAUGUCUGGGGGGACUGAAGUGUCGCCCCAUGCCCGAAACCCAGGUGCCCUCAGUUCUGAUCCUGUGGAAACACCCUCUACCCCGCCGGAGCAAAUCGAGGAGAACACCGUUACUGCUAGUCCUGCCCAGCAGAGAGAUCUGCAUCAGAAGAAGCGGCGAAGAAGUUCCGUAAUUCCUCCUAUGAAUUUCAACAACCCAGACGAUGAGGGCUUUUCUUCAAGCCCGCUUAGUGUUAGCUCGAAUGGUGAAGCCGAGGAGAUCGUCGAUGAUGGCUCAAUCAGCGAUUCUGCGGAUGAAGAUGGGACAAUGAUGAGCUUAGACGGGGGCGAGACGACCAACAUGUCGAUGGCUUCCGCAGUCUCUCAAGAUAGUACGGGUACAACCCGACUGGACGAGGCUUUGAAAGAAGCUGCUCGUCAAGCGGGUACCCAAGGUAUCGAUUUUGACGAACAUGGCGACCCCGGCCCUGUGGAGGAGAAAGAGGAGGAGGAAGUAGUUGCAUCCUUCGCACCUUGGUCGAAAAAGACUGCAGUCCAAUAUCUCGACCCCCAGAUGGACCAAGAGAAUGUGAAUCCAUUCUCUCCUGCAUUUAAGGCGGGAGCCCAGCAAAAGGUCGCGCAAUCUGAUGGGGAAGACAUGACUAUGGAUAUCACCAUGGACAUGACUAGGCCUAUGGGUCGAAUUCUUCCCGGUAAACAACCAGAGCCAGAGCCAAAGCAAGAUGAGGAUGAGAUGUCUAUGGAUGUAACCCGGGCCUUUGGGGGUAUCAUCUCGAACCCUGCACCAAAGGUCUCCGCAUCAAGACGAAAAUCUAUGCCCUCGAAUCGCCGUCAGAGUACGCGUCGAAGAUCAUCUGCUGAAGAAACCUCACUAGGAGACGAGACUAUGGAGUUCACUAUGGCUAUGGGAGGCAUACAGCCGAGUCGAGACGAGCAUAUACCCUCCAAUGAUGAAGACAUGACCAUGGAAUUUACGUCUGUUGUUGGUGGUGUCCUCUCAAGCAUUAAUCAAUCAAACAAGCCUGGCAGACGUCUUUCCAUGGCAUCGACUCAGAUGGCCCAGAACAAGUCAAGUCGACGGAGCCUUGAGUCUGCUAGUGAGGAUGAGACGAUGGAUAUGACUGUUGCGAUGGGCGGCAUCAUGCCUUCUAUCCCAGAGGCUACUUCGGAGCAAGAUGCUACAGUCGGCAUGGAAAUGACCAUGGCUCUUGGUAGUAUUCUUCCUCCUCAACGAAGCACCGGAAGUCGGUUGCAAGCUAAGAAGACUAUGGAGAUGGAGACAGAUUUUGGCAGCUCCCCAUUCCGAGCAGAACUGCCAUCAAAUUCGCCUCCAAAGAUUCCUGUACCAAGUCAUACAGUGGCAUCUGAGACUGGAAGUCCCAGUCUAGAGGGCUUCAGAGGCAAAGGAUCACGCCGCAGUGCAGAAGCACAACAGUCAAGUACCCCAAAGUCAGGGCUCAGCAUUGGUGGUACACCAAUCAAGAAGCCAGCGACUCCACUAAAGCAGAUUACCCCAAAGCCUGCCUACGCAAACACUCCUAGCAAAACCCCUCCCUCCAAAAAUGUUGUCAUGCGUACCGCGUCGCCUAAGCUACUCUUCAAGGCCGAAAUCAAUGCUGCGGCUUCAACCCCCCUUUCCGGAAAAUCAAAACAACUGUCUACACCCAACAUGCUCUUCCAGAAAGAUAAAACCACUGGGGCUGCGACUCCAACCUUCAUUCUCACUCCUCAACCAAGACGAUCUUCUGGUAUUGGUCUUGAUAAGACUGGGCUCGGGUCACCACGGGUUGCAGCGAUGCUUGAUCGUCGUGGCUCAAUUGGGAACCAAGCCCGGUCUUUUGUUCCCAGUCAACUUGUGCAGGCCAUUCCAGCGGUUCGUUUUGAGGAUCCUCGUGUUAUGGAAGCAGAACUUGACAAAGAACGAGAACAAGAAGGCGAACGCGAAAGUGGGCGCGCAAUCAUGGAGCGCGAGGCCGAUCAAGGGGAAGAGAAAGAUGCGACACUCAAUCUGAAGGAGAUGAUACAAAGCUUGACUCCGAAGAAGAAGAACCCUCUGCGAGGCCGCAAGAGCUUGCAUGUUGGUGCUGCGAAAGGUAUCCUUGGAAAACGCCCGGUCGAGCUUGAUGACGAGGAGGAAGAAGAGGAAGACAAUGGAGGUGUCAAGCGUCUGAAAGGUCUCCAAGGAAGUCCCGUCAAAAGCGUCAAGCUUCAAGCUCCUCCGACGAAAGCCGAGACCACUACUGGACGGGUGACACGUGCUUCUCGCAAGAGUAUGGAAGAGUUGGCAACCCCAACAACUGCAUCGCCUGAAAAGGCCACGGUCACCACACCUCGUCACCAAGGUCGAUUCAAAGAUGUAGAAGUGGGCCUUUCUUCCCAGGAGGUUGGCCCCCUCGUCGAGAAGCCACCCGUGGAAGAGCCCGAAAUCGAUGAAGAGAGCUUGGGCGAUGACCGAAUUCAACUUCAGGACUUCUUGAACAUGACCAGCAUUCGAUUCAUGGAGUUGACAACAACGAAGCGACGACACACAAUUGCACCACGAUCUUCGAUAAGAGCCGCUGGAGAAGACAAGCAUAUCUCUCUCCAAGAUUGUGUUGCAGCUGGCGCCGCGACCAUUCCGAUGCUCGAAUUAUUCCAACAUGCUUGCCAAGAGCUGAAGAGGUAUAUCUCUGAAGGACGUAAGACCGUACGGGAAAUCGAGACCGAGACUUUCGAAGAGAAUCCACCUCUGUUCCGGGAAUACAUCUCCGCCACGCCAGAUAUCAAAGUUGUGAUGGACAACCAGCUUAAGAACGUCAAGACUCAUGCACGUCUGCUAAGUAAGGGGAUGUGGUAUGAAUGGCGUAUGACCCUUCUAGGGACAUUGAAGGAGGGUCUGUUCAAGUCAGCAGAGGGUAUGAUGGAAGACGAGGAGAUCCUUGAUCACCAACAAGAAUUGCUUGAGGCUGUUCUGCCGGAGCUGAUUCGCCGAGCUGAGGAGCUCCAGCUUGAGGAAGCUGACCUGAAGUCCGCAGCCGAGGAAAUUGCCAACUGCGACCAAGAGGAGCUCAGCGAGGCCCGGCAGAAAUUAAUUGCUGUCGACGCCGAUGUUGAGGCCAAGAAGCAACUAAUAGCCGAUCUACGCAGACAGUUAAAAGGAAAGGAGUCUGAGAUCAAGGCUGGUAUCGAGCGUAAGCAACUAUGUUUGGAGGAGAUCCGUGAGGCUGAGAAAAUCCGGGAAGAAUGCCGAGGCUGGACUUCGAGCGAGAUCAGUACCUUAAAAGAAAAAGUCGAUGCUAUCGAAAGGGAACAUGGCUGGACAAUCACAGGUGUUUCGGGUACAACCACGUCCAUGACAUAUCGGAAGGACAUUGAACUCGUUUUCGAUGCAUCCUCGUUCCGGGCAAAUAAUUCGGCCAGCCCUACGGAGCAGGCCGCCAAUUCAUGGAUAGACUUGUGGUACAUCGGUGCCAACCGCGAACUGAAUCCUCUUCCAUUGACCACCGAGAAAGAUUUCUUCCUCCAGAGCAUUCGCGACCAUAUCCGCGGCCUACCUCAAAGCAAAACACAAAUCAAGGAUCUCCUCCGCGCUGUCAGCGUCUCAUGGAACAAGGCUUCAAAGGUCGUAGACGACGUCCGCCUCCUUACCAUCAGCUGCCCAACCGAGGUCAGCAAGACAUCGGACGACUCCAUCUCUGUUAAAUCGUCCCUCCUUAUCGGACCCCUGACUACUAAAGUCGAAGUCGCAUUCCAACUUACCAGUGCGUCUGGAGAGAACGGCAUUGACGUCGAGAUAUCGCCACACGCAACUGUCGUUUACGGAGAGCGUUUCAACGAGCCGAAGAUGGCAGAGUUCCUUCUUUCCCGCUGUGGUUCUUCUGUAGAGGAAAAGGGCCUUGUCACGAAGCCAAGUUGGGGCAGUGCCGUUGCCGAACUUGGUGAGAAAUUGCUGGCCAGAGGACGGAAGUAG